CGCUGAAAUUCCUCGUGCUCACUUUUCUCCUUAUUCUAUCUAAUAUCCCAUAUUUUUAGGGUUUCUUUAUCUAGAUAUUUCAAUGGCUGCCGCAGAUGUUGAGUUCCGGUGCUUCGUUGGUGGGCUUGCAUGGGCCACCGAUAACGAUGCUCUAGAGAAGGCCUUCUCUGCCUACGGAGAAAUCGUUGAAUCGAAGGUUAUCAACGAUCGCGAAACUGGAAGAUCCAGAGGUUUUGGAUUUGUGACCUUUGCUAAUGAGCAAUCCAUGAGGGAUGCGAUUGAUGGCAUGAACGGCUCCAACCUUGACGGCCGUAACAUCACUGUCAACGAGGCUCAGUCCCGUGGAGGUGGCGGAGGUGGUGGAGGUGGCUUCAGAAGCGGAGGCGGCGGUGGAUAUGGUGGUGGCGGAUUUAGCCGCGGCGGCGGUGGUGGUGGAUACGGAGGCGGGGGCCGUCGUGAAGGUGGAUACAACAGAAAUGGUGGUGGCGGCGGUGGCUACGGAUGGAGGAACUGAUUUGUGAUCUGCAUGGGUUUGGGGGUUGUGUGGGGUUUAUGAUUGUAAUCGUGUUGAGAAGUUUACUUUUUAGGUGCCUGAAAUGUAGGUGGUUCUCUUUAGUUUUAGAGUGGUACUGGUAUCUGGUUAUGAUUUCGUGGUGUUGCUAUGGUUCUAUCUAGUUUUUGACCUCUGAAUCUGGUUGUUUGUUCAUAGAACGAUCGAUUGUAUGAUAGUCAGAAAUCAAGAGAUUUAAAGUUUCUACA